AUGUCUAGCAAGAAGCCUUGGGCCGAUAGGCCGUUUGAGCUCAUUAGUAGCACCCGUGCGGGAACCAAGAAAGGGGUCAAGACGGCAGGUGUGAACCGCAUGGCUGAGGAAAUGACCAUCAUUCACAAUCUCAUCCUCCGGAUCAUCAACACUGUCUACCUGCAGUGCAUCAACGUGGAGAAGUCCCCCAACGACGUCCAGGACUUUGUGUCAUACGCGAUAGAAUGGAGCAAGAUGGUGGAGGAGCACCACGAGACGGAAGAGACGGAGGUGUUCCCCGAGAUUGAACAGCUGGCCGGCGUGCCGGGGCUGAUGCGGGCCAACGUCGCGCAGCACGAAGCUUUCCACGACGGCCUGCACGCGUACAUGGGCUACUUGGACAAGGUCCAAAAGGGCGAAGAGGCGUACAGCGGAGGGAAGCUCAAAAGCAUCAUCGACUCGUUCAUGCCCGUCCUGCGGGAGCAUCUCAGCGAUGAGAUUGACUCGCUGCUCAAGCUGAAUGAGUACGACCGCAAUUGGGAUGAGUGGUAUGAGAAGCUCAUGAAGAAGCUGCUCGGCAGAAUGGGUGAUCCCAAGCUCAAGACGACAACGAUUCCACUUCUUUUGACAAACCGAGACACGACGUUCGAGGAAGGUGUUCAUGCGUGGUGGCCUCCGGUACCGUGGAUCGCGUUCCUGAUGAUGCGUUGGCUCUACAUUCCUGCCCACAAGAAUUGGUGGGGGUUUUCUUCGUGCGACGACCGGGGCGCGCCAAGGGAGCUUCCUUUUGCGUGA